AUGAAUUGUGCUGGCCCGAGUCGUGGAGUGCAAGACUACAGUAUCAAUGGAAUCAUUGAAAAUUCGAGUACUAUGUUGCGAGACGAAUCUCAAGUUCUCAACUUGAUCUUGACCAUCCGGCUUGACCCACAGAAGUCAUGCCCUUCGUACUUAUACCAGCAAUUUAAUCAGAAAAUGCAAAGCAUAUCGGACAACAAUAGUGCGUCGUCCAAUGUAGAAUGGAUGUUUGACGGUUCAGAUCGAAACACCACAAAAUACCCGAAGUGA